AUGGAGCCUAUACUCCCCACCGACGACAUCGAGAUGAGUCUUUCAGACGACCAGCAGCCCAACACUUGGGCGGAGCCUCCUGCUCGUCUGGCUGCUAGAUUCUACAGGAAAUCAACUGCACGCAGGAAAUCUUCUGCCAAUUCCUCCCGCAGAAGCUCACUCUCUUCCAUACAUUCGCAUUCCUCGGCUCUUUCCAGUCAUGGUGGGCCCCACAGUUCACAUGUUGCACAACAUCUUCGGCGGGCUUCAAUCAUAGAGAGCAGGAAGGCUCGGUUGGCGGAUAGAGCGGCCCACGCCGAGCAGGUCAGACUACGUGCUGCCGCGGCGAAAGCAUCCCAGAGAAAUGCAUACAGUGAGGAAAAGUCUUUGGCGGCGCAGGCGGCUCGAGAGAAAUUGCUCGCCGAUAUAGCCGCACGUUGCGAGGAAGAAGUAAGACGAGCCAAGAAGAUCGCAGAAGAAACAAAGGAGAAGAAGGCCGCAGAGCUAGCUAAGCUCAAGGAAGAAAUGGCUGGGAAGUUUGCCGAGGCGGCUCGUCGAAAGUCUCUAUAUCAGCAAGGCCUGAGGAGACCAAGAUCUGGGUCUUUGGCUGCCGUGGAGGAGAAGAAAGCCGCUCCAGUCAUUCUUAAGCGGUCCAACCGUACCUAUGCAGCCAAGAUCAUACAACGUGCCUGGAGGCUACAUCAGAGGCGGAAAGCUAUUGGUAAUUUUGCUGAACUGCAGAUAAACCUUGCACGUACUCGAGAGGCUUCCUUCGAGGAUCUGACGCGAUUGCUUGCUACCGAGAGAACAACAACAACUACAACGGCACUGCUUAAACUAACCGGCAUCUUGGAUGGGGUUCAGGAUGAGACUGAGUCAGUUCGAAUCUUCCUCAGCUCUUACAUGAUUGUGGCGCAUCCUGUUCAGGCUUUGAGCCACGGCGGAAAUGACCCGCAGGAACAACAACUGGUGGGAAAGGCGAAGAGUCUGGUAGAAAGUUUCGAGUCGUACUUCCAAAAAGUGCUGGCCAGCCCUCACCUCACUAGUGUGCCUUCGACCAAGGAUCAUCUUGCAUUUUCCUUUAACGAUUUCUGCUCUACCUUUGACGCAUGGAAGAGCCAGGAUCUGAAUGUUUUGAUAGAUAUUAUGGUCAAUUCUUUUGUGAACUUGGAUUUGAUUCUCCAAGCAACCAAGAAUGAUCAUGCUGGUCAUGUUGGGGAUGAUUAUCUCGAUGCAGUGCGACAAGAACAGAUUAAACUGCUGGCGAGAUUGAAAAGGCUUGCUGGACCUGAAGCCGCCUUGACUCGAGUUAGGCUUGCUGUUAGAAAGGCUCGCAAGCAAUACGCCGCCGAGAAGCGACAGAAAGAGAUCAAGCAGGUCCCGAGGGCCACAACCCCUAGUGCCGAGACGAUCAGCUCCACCCAGGGAACAUUGAUCACUCCUCCAUCUACACCAAGAUCGGAUGCCCGGGAACAAUCGCCAAAGACUUCGUCAAUCACCGAUAGCCUUGGACAGAUAAUGACCGUUCUACCAUCCAACCGAGAGAUUGCACAUGAAAUACAGGUCAAUGGCACUUUUGAAGUACAGCAGCGUCCAUGGACCGAUGCCAGGAAGGACCUGAUGGACUCUCUCCAGACAAGCAUGCGAAAUAGUAUGCAAGAUGGCAGCGGGCAGGCAACAACCAGAUGGACUCACGCGAUGGCGGUCCUCAUUCGAGAAAAGCUGAUCAAUCUUGUUAGUCCACGACACCCAUUGUAUGAUCGAAUUGAUGGCUUUCUGGAUCCUACCCUGAUAACUCAGCAAUGCCGAAAUGGAAUGUUCUCUUACAACUCCUUUUUCGAGACUAUCGCCAAAAUUAUCAGUCAAAUCUGUUCUCCGGGAAGGGACGAUGCCAUUGCAGCAUUCUCAUCUAGCAAGGGUGAUACGAUUGAAAGACUUUUCGAGCUCAUAAACAUCAUUGAUCUCAUGACCCUGGAUCAUAUCAACUUUCAAUUUCGGGUCGCUGCACAGUCCGUUGCUGAACGCGGUCACGAGCACGAGAUAGUAUCAUUCGAGCGUGAUCUACAAGACGGUGUACAUUCACUAGAACGAACCAAACUUUGGUGGACCAAUGCGAAAGCGAGCGUGUCCUCUGCAAACUUGAAUGGAAACACGAUAUACGUUAGGGGACUGGUUGACUUGGUUUUCCGAAACGCACAUCUUGAAUACCGAGACUUCCCGGAAACUCUACAGUUGGACUAUAUUCGAAUGCUGAAGCUGAGGGCUCAUGUUUUCCAAGCCAUUGCCACUUCAUCCAUCUUACUUACGACCAAGAUCCGCCUCAGACGUAAUCGAGAGUCAUUGUGGACCAAGGACGCAGAGAGAUUGAUGGCAUUGAAUUACCUCACAACAGGAAUUGAGCGAGUGGUGUCCUUGGUGGCAUCUUCACAUAUCAUGCCUGAAUCGACUAAAGAAGGAGUAUCAAAUUUUGUGGGAAGGGUCCUACCUCCCGCUGCCGCUGCUGCACAGCAUGCUGAACUCGCUGAGCGUGACCGCCAAGACGCGAUUCAUAGUCAAACAACUUACGACCCCUCCAAGCUCGACGACACCCGAAACGAGUCGGAAGACAUCUUCACCGAACAAAUCGCGAGCUUUUUGUUGAAAUCCCUUCGAGAACAUGUUUUCGCAAGGCUCUCAGCGACCGGCACAACCGAACGUGUCCGGACAACCACGGGUGCAGCCGAGUUUUUGGCACGUAUCGGUAUGCCUGAAUUCCUCGAAGAGGUCAAUCGCAUGGUGGCUCUUCUGGAGAAGAUCCGCGCUGUCGAUCUCAAGGCCCAUGGACGCUGGUAUGACCAGGUUGCUGACGAUGUGACGACUACUGCUUGA